UCUCUGUAAUAUAUGUCUCUAUCUUCUCUGCUAUCUAUGUCGAGGUAGAUAAAGUAUAAGCAAAUCCUUACUAGGGUUUAGUUUUACUAGGGUUUAUCACUCUCUUCUUUACUGUAUGAAACUUUGAGACAGCAUAAGGUGACUCUGUGAAAUGCGCCAAAGGUAUGCAGAAACUGUUAAGCAGAAACCCAUCGUUACCGCCUCCAGUUCUAUCCCUUAAUCCUCUUCUUUCUUUACCUCUUUCUCAUCCCAUAGGGUUUUACAAACACCCACUUGCUCCCAGUCCUAGAAUGACUUCUGCCGCCCUCCACCGGCUUCACCAUCCCACUUUCGGUAAACCCUUUUCGGGUUUCCGGAAUUUGUCUACGGAUUCUUCUGGAAAGGCAGUUGUUCCUCGUAGUGGUAAUAAUUGCCGUAUUUGUAGAUGCUCUCUUGAUACUGCGACUGUGAGGGCUUGGGUUGUUUUGAAGCAGAGUAGAACUAGUGCUGCCUGGUUCGGCACUCUGGCUUCGGCUUCUGGGUCAGAGAAGGGUGUUCCAGUGACUUCUGCUGAGGAGGUGGAGGAUUUCGAAAGUGGGGUUGAGGAUAAAGAGGAGAAUGUGAGUGCCUCGGAGGAGAAGCCCGGGUUGCAUAGGAGGCAGAGGAGUGGUGGUGGUGGUGGGGAAGGAGGGGUUAUGGCUAGUCCAGAUUUGCUAACAAUACCGGGUGUUGGGCCUAGGAAUUUGAGGAAGCUGGUGCAGAAGGGUUUUAUGGGUGUUGAUCAACUCAAACAGCUCUACAGAGAUAAGUUUUUUGGAAAAUCCAACGAGAAGAUGGUUGAGUUCUUACAAAGCUCAGUUGGAAUCAUUCACAGAAACCAUGCUGAGAGUAUCACCUCAUAUAUCAGAAAGAGCGUGGAUGAAGAGUUGAAGGAGAAUAACUCAGAUUCCAAUGUGAAGUCAGCACAAAAGAAACGACUUACUUUCUGUGUUGAGGGAAAUAUUAGUGUUGGAAAAACAACCUUUCUGCAGAGAAUAGCUAAUGAGACACUUGAAUUGCAAGAUCUUGUUGAAAUAGUUCCCGAACCUAUUGCCAAGUGGCAGGAUAUUGGGCCAGAUCACUUUAACAUAUUAGAUGCAUUCUAUGCGGAACCACAAAGAUAUGCUUACACAUUUCAGAACUAUGUUUUUGUAACGAGAGUUAUGCAGGAGAGAGAAUCAUCUGGUGGUAUCAGGCCCCUCAGGUUGAUGGAGAGAAGUGUGUUCAGUGACAGGAUGGUCUUUGUGAGAGCUGUUCAUGAAGCAAACUGGAUGAAUGAGAUGGAGAUCAGCAUUUAUGACUCAUGGUUUGACCCGGUUGUUUCAACUUUGCCUGGACUGAUUCCCGAUGGUUUUAUUUAUCUUAGAGCAAGCCCUGACACAUGUCACAAGAGAAUGAUGUUGCGUAAGAGAACAGAGGAAGGUGGAGUUUCCUUGGAAUAUCUGCGAGGGUUGCAUGAGAAGCAUGAAAGCUGGCUUUUCCCAUUUGAAAGUGGAAAUCAUGGGGUAUUGUCUGUCAGCGAGCUACCCCUAAACUUUGACAAAUCUGUACCCCCAGAUAUAAGGGAUCGUGUUUUUUAUCUGGAGGGCAAUCACAUGCACCCAAGUAUUCAAAAGGUUCCUGCGUUGGUUCUUGACUGUGAGCCUAACAUUGACUUUAACAAAGAUAUUGAAGCAAAGAGGCAGUACGCUCGUCAAGUUGCUGAUUUUUUCGAAUUUGUAAAAAAGAAGAAAGAAGUCACGCCAGGAGCUGGAGAAGAACAGCCUAAGGGCAAUCAAGCACCGGUGUUGCUGCCUCAAAACGGAGGUCUGUGGGUACCUGGUGGGAAGUUCUCGGAAUCGGCACUGAACUUGGAUUUCAGACGAAAUAUGUCAUUCAUGUCUCACUAGUGCAUGUUGCUAAUCCUUGCCAUAUCCAUAACUUUUUGGAAGCAAUGUGUUUUAUUUUCUCCAUGUAAAAAUGUGUUUUGACUACUCAAAGCUUUUAGCCUGCAGUGGUGUAGGAGUAGGUUGUAUGUGGAUGUUGGUAGGAUGUUGAUUAGUGAAAGCUUUGUUUUCAUUUGA